AAAAAAUGUUCGACGAUGAAUGCUAAGCCUUGUGUUACGGGCCACCGUUGCAACGAACGCAGAGGAGAAAUCGAAUUCUUUGUAGUGCAUUAAGCUUUCUGAUUUCAAGAUGAUGGUACCAUUGUCUCCAAGCUCUCGUUUAUUCUUCCUCUUUGUUUUAGGGAUCAACGUCUGUUGGAGCAUCAAAUCGACGAGAAUUAAUUCGCCAAAUUAUCCCUCUCCAUACCCCUCCGAUGACAUUCAACAGUGGACUGUUGUAACUCCAGCAGGGAAUCAAACGUUGAUAAUCGUCAAUGAGUUAAACAUUGAGGAACCAUGGGAUACCCUGACCAUAACCCACACGUCUCCAGCACUCCCGGUGCCUUUCACAUCGCACCUCCGCACGGGUGUAAAAGGCUUCCUAUUCAAAGAUGACGGCAUCACCAACAUUUCGUUCUGCAGCGACACAAGACGUGAACUCACAGGGUUUGAUCUGGAAGUUAUCACAAUGGACAUCACAGACCAAGGUGAUGUCGCCGUGACGGAGAGAGCGGGAAAUCUAUCUCACUGGUGUUCGACCGAGCAUCAUCAGUUCAUAGCAUCCGACGCACAGUGCAAUGGAGUAUUUGAGUGCGCUAACUACACAGACGACGCAGAAUGCUUCGAUGAAGAGUUUGGCAGGGAAUGUGGACCAGGCUUUCACCAGUGCAUGACUUCACCCGAGUUGUGUGUCUCACAAGAAAGGGUUUGCGACGGUUGGAAUGACUGCCCCUUGGGAGACGACGAAGAAAAUUGUGAUCAUGAUUCUAGGGUGAAAAAGUGGCGGAUAAACGCACCCAUGGACGACCCAGCAGACAACCUAGCUUAUCAAGAAUGGUACGCAGAGGCGAUGGCAGCUACCGAGCAAUUGAGGAAUGAAAAGCACGACAAAUACAUCUCUAAUGGAAUGAGUGAUGAAGAAGCCAAAGAAAAGGCUCAUGUGAAAGUUCUGUGGGCCGUCAAACGGAUCUUUUUCGACCGCUAUUCUAAUUUUUUGCGACAAACUUUGUACCUCGAAGAGGACGACACGAAUCAGGAAAUAAUUUCUGAUCUCUCGGAAAAAGUAGAAAGUGGCAUGAACGUUCGAAAAGCAGUACAACGAGUCUUAGCAAGACAAGGAACCAAGUUCGAUGGAUUAUUCCGAUAUCAAGCUGAAGAGGAUGAUGAUGAUAAUGAUGAUGAUGAGAUGGAAGGAACCGAAGAAAUUCAUAACUAA